CUGGUCAAUGGCUACUCAACAACCUUUGACCAUGUAGAGAGCACUGUUACUUUGCUCAUUACCUUUUUCUUUACCCACAGCAAGAUUUACCAGUUUUCAUAUGGCUUUAAUUUCCUAUAGUGUUUUGGUAUUGGUGUGCUUGUUGAAACCUUAUUUUCCCUGUAAAUUUCCCCUUUAUUAGCUUUAAAGUAAUAUCAAAAUAAAGAUUUUUUAAAAAAUGUUAGAUGAUACAUAAAAGAGUGAAAUAUUCAAAGCCUAUAUACCAUAGUAUGGCCAAGACAUCAGUACAUCAAAUGUAAAAAUGUAAUGUCUUGUACAUCAACAUGGCCUUGGACAUUUAGUAUCUUUGGGAAACACUAGAUCUUGACUAGACUACAAAAUAAAAUUACAUAUGUGUAAUAACAGACCUACAAGUGGGUCUAGCAGGAUGUUUUAAAGAAAAAUUAUGUUUUAUUACAACGUGGGUUUUAUUUUCAUACUCACCAAAGUAAUGGCUGAGAUAUAUGAAUGUGGCAACAUCGCUAAAAAUAGGUCCAACAAAGCUCCGAGCAUGAGUGGUCAGACCAUCAUAUAGGUUAAAAACAAACAAUUUUCAGCUUUUUUACAACCUGUCUGAUCGUGCCUAUUGCCCCAUUGGACCUAUUUUUAGCAAUGUCACUGGAUUCAGAGAUCUCCGCAAUUACUUUGGUGAGUAUAAUAUUAUCCUAGCCGAUAAAACUGAGAGCCCAAGCUAUGAAAAUAGGACCUAAGUCAUAAUAAACUAUAGUUUUCCUUUAAUGUCUAAAUCUCUAGACCCUAGAGCUCUUAGAAUGAAGUGAGUUUUUGUCAAUUUAAGACUUUGCUGUGGCCGUUAGACUUCUCCAAACUUUUUUUCGCACACAUUGUAGAAUUUCCCCAUCAUGUAAUUUUUCUCGCAUAUGUGACAAUUCUUUCUAGAAGAUAUUUCAGUAGUUAAAAAAUCUGUACAUUGCAAAACAGAACUCUGUCUUUGAAGCAGCUUGAUAUGGUAGUAGGCCAUUCUUUGUUAACUCUGACAGCUGAAAAGAGAAUAAAACAUGAAUCCUCUUGGGAAGAAAGCUAAAGAGCAGCAUUAGGUCAGCUAGGGCUUAUGCAUCCGAUAUCCCAGAAAGACUUGUACAAUUGCUUUAUCUGCAAACGCAUGCAGAGUUGGCUUACAAGCUUCAGGCAGUGAGUUUACCUCAUCCAGUACAAACACAGACAGUGCAGUACAGUAAGUGAUUAAGUACAUGUUUGCUAUAGCACCAUUUACUUUAGGGUUUUGUGCCAGAUUCCACAUCCUUUUCUUACGAUUACACACAUGGCUGCCAUGCAGUUACCGGUUUCUUCAGUGUGAGCGCCAUGGUUUAGAUAUCAUUAACUAAAUUCCUCAUGCUGUCUCUUUGCAGUUCAGAACUUUCAGUGGAUCAAAACUAAGAAAUCCUGGCCCUGAUGUCAAUGUUGAGUCACAGCCAAAUGCAAACAGUGCUGGUAAAUUCCACAGCAGAGCGGGUGGGGGGAACCUAGAAGCAAAAGGAAAAAACACCUUCUGUUUUCCCCGCUGGAAUGUUAAUGGCUGGUCUGACCUGUGGUAGACUGGUGCAUGGCCUGGUUGGUUUCUCGGCAGGUCAGGUUUUGUUUGGUUCAUCUGUUUGGCGCAUUCUUUGUCCGUGUGUCCUGUUGGUAAACUUGCUUGUGAUUGUAAGGUCACCAGUUCAAAACCCAGAACAUCCUGGGAAAAUAAAAGUGAGGAUUAAUGCUGCAUAUAGUGCCAAUAUGUUACCCAAAUUUCAACAAGACCCUUUCUGACACCAUAGUUUUUUCAUUGAACAGAAUAUGCCAAACUGCUCUAUGCAUCCGUGUUAAAUGGAGUAAACUAUAGAGAUAAAUAUAGUCUAAAGUUAAAAGUUUCUUAAUUUAGAUUAGAAAAUAUCAUGAUUACAACCAAGCAUUUUGGAUACUUGACACUUUUUAAUAACAAAUGCGACUGAUACAUUUUGGUCAGUACUGAGUUUUACUGUUACUGCCAAGUGCAGAUAUAUGUGUCUAGGACACAUCAGUGAUAAACUUUCCUUUAGCAAACAAUCAAAAUAGCUACUGCCAGGUAAGUGUAUUAACUCAGAUCACUUUUUGACUAUUAGACACAAAUUAAUUGGCCAGUAAUAUAAUAAAGGACAUAAAUUGUUACCAUACCAGCGCCAUUCUGCUGCAUCCCUGCACAAACAGUGAGUAAAGAGGAGAAAUGGAUUGAGAUCUUACUUUACUAACUGGAUAGUGACGUCAAAAAACUGUUAUUUGGUUUCUGAUAUCUAAAUUGAGGAGGAUAUGAUAAAGUAUGAUAAAUGCUGUGCAGGUGGCGAGAGAUAAUCACAGACAUUCACAGAAGUGAAUAGACAAGGAAGUCUGAGGGCAGGAGUCUAACAUGCCGGUAGAUCUAGAGUAUGUUCUAAGAGCAUGUUGUUGAGUUCCAGUGCCAACUAUGGAUGGAAAUUCUCAGCCAUUUCUGAGAACUUUCCUCACAAGUUCCUCAUGAGUUGUACACCUGAAUCAGGCUUGCCUGGUCUUGUUUGUCAGUGAUGAUUGGGGGAGGUUUGCGGAAACUACUAAUUGUUGUGGGAAGGUCAAUGGAAUGUGGUGGGGUAAUUGUUUUGGGCAGGUCAUGUCUGAAGGACAUACACUCUGUGCCAAGAGGGUCAUGAUAUUUUACAAGCAGGGUACGGUAAAACAAAAAAAUAUUUGGGCUGUAGUAAUUUGUAGGUCAUGUUGUAGUUUUGCAGCUGUUUGGCUAUUUAAUUGUGGGACUGAUGUUUGGGAUGCCACAGCAAGUAGUGGACAAAAAGUGAUAAUGUACUGCCCUGCCCACAGUUAGACUUAUUGUCAGGUCUGUUUCUGACAAUCCUAGCCAAUUCCCUACAUUUGUAUUGCCUGUUGCCUUUCUAAACAGGAUUGGACUUGAAAAGAUUUCUAACAAAAAAAAAAGUUAAUAAUAAUCAAUCUCAAUACCAAAAACGUGUUUAGAUGCCAUUUUGCAAGAAAACAGGCAAUAUUUUAGCUGUUUAUGCCCUCUGUGGUUCAGGUUAUAAUGACCGACUGGAAGCUGUGGGGGAGUUUUCUAUUCAUUUACACAUCCACAGGAAGUCUUGGAGUCACAAUUUUGGCAAGACCUUCAUACAGUAAUUAUAUCCUGUCUGCUUGCACAAAAAGCAGUGUUUUCUUUUUGUUUAAUUCCAAAAUAUGUGUUUCAGUGACAAAUAAAGAAAGACCGAGAUAAGGAUUUCCAAGGCCAAAUAGCUUCACUGGAAUGUUCCUGAAGCCAGAACUAUGAUAGUUAAUUUCUCUUGCUAAAGAACAUCACUGCCCAAUGUAAUGGUUGUGACUAGAAUAUUAUACACAAACAGCAUGCAGAAGCAUCAUAUAGUAGUAGUACUGGUUUACAUUUUAAACAUUGGAAACCCUUCUGGGAAUCAGGCCUGUCAUACUUAAUAGUGUGAGUAUAGUAUAGUCUUUAUGCUGUUUUUAGCCAUGCUAAGCUAAGAUGUUGAACAGAGGUAAACAUUAUGCCUGCUAAACAUCAGCAUGUUAGCCUUGUUGCUCAUUGUGAGCAUGUUGCCAUGCUGACGUUAGCAUUUAGCUCAAAGUACUUGUGCCUAAGUACAGCCUCACAGAGCAGCUAGCAUGGCUGUAGGCUCUAUAUUACAUCAAUAGUUCCUAAAUACUUAAUCUGGUGUGUUCAGUGUGUUCCAUAACAACAGGUGUAGUCAAGUCAUGGGAAAGAACAUAACUGUACUUCCCACACACUAUGGCCACUAAGCCCUAAAACCAUAAAAGCUUCCCUGCAAACUUCUGCUUUACCCAGUUGGUCAAGGGGACAAUGACAAUUUUCAAACAACACAGAAUGUAUACGUUACAGUUAAGGCCUCUACACACCGGGGGCAUGAUGAAUAAACGGCACGAAAAUGUAAUGUACUCGCCUGCGAAUAUUUCGCAUCAAAACUAUUCAUACCAGCAGCGAUCCAAAUUUGCAACAGUUGCGACACUUUUUCAAUAAAGGAUUGGUGACAGCUCAUACUAAAAAUCACUUGGGGUUGGAGCUGUUCCAGUAGACAGAAGGCGUUUCUCAAACCCAAGAAUGCAAAGAACGGACUUGUGUUCUUGGGGAGAAUGUCCUUGCCAGUCGUUCUUUGAAGAAUGAACUUGCAAGGUCACGCUGUUAACAGUUUGAGACGAUGCGUUCUUGCUGGUAUUGCGGUAUAAGUACUGUAACCACAACUGUACACUUACAAUGUAAUGUCUAUUUAUAAUAAAUAAAGCAACGAGAGUCCCCUUUCAUACUGGUUCUGUUUUGUAUUCUUUUUGAAUUUUUUUCUAAAGUGCUUACGAGCCAAGAAUUUUCUGUAGCCAGAUGUUUCUUGAUUUAAGUUAAAAUGUUACAACAUUACAGUGGUACGAAAAUUAAAUAUCUUACAGUUGUGGGCCUGGCUUUCCUCUGCCGUUGUUGCCGAAGUCAUCUGCUGCCAUGGCUGCAGUGGUCUGUGUGACUGUGGGGCAAUAGGUUGUCUAUUAGCAUGACUGGCCGUCUGGCUAGCUAGCUUAGCUAGCUUGUGGAGCUUCUCAACUCUGACAACGUUUGAGCACAUUUUUGAUUCGCCAUCGAUUUUCAUACAACUGCCAAUAUUCGAAAUCUAAACAGUUGAUUUCUCACCUCAAAAAUUCUCAGAAGUGAAUUUAGUGAUGAAAUAGCAUAUGAAAAUUGUAAAAAAAAAAACAAAACAAAAAAACCCCGUUCUGUUGUUAGCCUCUUUCUCUGCUGCUUUUCGCUCCUUACUUGAUUGCCGAAAUGAAUGCUGGGAUAUUUGUGCUGUCAAGUUCAUACAAGUUACCAACCAGUGCAUUCUCAGUAAAAUGCGAACUUGUGUAGGCCAGUACUUGGGCCACAAAAGAUGGCGUUUCACAAGGACACAAGAACACAAGUACAGCAAAAACCAUAGACUGUCUAAUACAUGGACCUAGUGUCCAUGACGUCAACCAUAGGUUUCUGAAGAACCGUUGUAAAACUCAAAGUGGGCGACUCCCGCCGUUGCCAUCUUGGCAGUGCCUGACUCCAGCUAAUUCAAAAAUGAGCAAAGAGGUGGAGCUGAGGCGGGCCGAAUGAAGCCUGGUUGAUGAAACCACCUAGUGGCAAGCCACCUGAUAGGGGACCCACUUGUCACUCAAAGCAGCCAUGCCCUUAAUAAUGCAUAACUUUAAGCCUUAAUAUAAUUUACACUGGUGAGUUAUAAAAAAAAAAAAAUUCACCCCCCCUCACAGUUGUCAUGAACAGGGAAAUUAGCUAUAGAGACCAAAACCUUUUUUUGUACCAGGCUGUAAAAAUGUUUAUUUCUGCUGUAAAGUUGGGCAUUUUAACAAGGGGCUCUAUGGGAAAUGACUCGCUUUUGGAGCCAGCCUCAAGUGGCCAUUCGAUGAACUGCAGUUUUUGGCUCUUCCGUGCUGGCUUAAUUUUUCAGGUUGUCGCUUGGCACAAACUCAGAAAAAUCGACCUUGUUCCGGGAAAAAACUGCGCAGCUUUUUUGGCAUGUAAUAUUCACGUUCUGUGCGAACGUACUCAAUAGUUUGAAAGAACAUAUUAACAUGCGAAUUAACCGCAUGAAAAAAAUGCCCCCGGUGUGUAAAGGCCUUUAAACUGUAAAUUGUCACCCUCUCAUGUUGUUGAAACUGCCAUGGGAAUAAGGGCCUCAUGUAUUUUGUUAUGUAAAAAAAACACAGAUGGAAUCACAAAAUCAGAGUUGCUGAAAAAUGCAGUUGCAAGAAAACUAAAGUGAAAAUGUUAAAGGAUUCAGAACCAUGAAGAUGAAAAUAAACAGAGAUGUUUGGCAUGCUGUGUGUCAGUUUAUGAUGUGUGUGUGUGUUGCUGAGAUUGGCUCAACCCACACAGCGACAUCCUAAUCCCAGUGUGUGUUGUCAUCUCUGUGUUUCCUGCCCAGACUGUGAAUCAUAACAGCAGGUGGACUUUAAUCACACACUCAUAACAGACAGCUAUUGUAGAUACCAGCUGCCGUUUGUUUAAGGUGUUGUCUGUGUUUUCAGGUGCACUGCGGUCGUGUGUGUCACCUGUAUGAUAGAGGUGUACUGUACUGGUCAGCAAUGUUGUGACAUAGUGUGCUGGGUUUUAAUAUUUGAUAUUUAUACUCAGGCCUUUGUUUUAUUAAUAGGUCAACUCCUCUCUGUGAUGUAUAUGAAAGGUAUGAAAGCAAUGUAUCUCCCUGUAUCUCCCAAUGUAUCUCUGUCAUGCUUCAUAAAACAUUGAUUAAGUCCAAGGAAAUGCAGCUUAAAAGUUUGUGUGUGUAUUUGCAGACCGUGAUGUGUGUGCCUCAAAGUAACCUUACCCUGCGAGCGCACAGGUGAUACCAAGCUGAAUAUAGCCCCCUUAUGGCCAACUGGCCUUGCUAUUUAAAACAGAGUGGAGAGAGGGGGAGGGGGGUGCGCCCAGGGACGACGUUUAACAUCAGCAUUCUGCGGGAGCCAGAGACAGUUAGGUGGAGUUUUCCUACAGGAUUAGGAUGCAUGAGCUUUGAUUCUCUGGUCACACCGGUCCAAUAAGAGUCUCAUUCUUUCUCAAAUCAUAUUUCGUAGAGUCCCUGUCUGAAUGAGAUGCCUCUCCUCAAGGACAGACUGUUCAAAAAAACAUUUCAGAAUUGCAGUGGUGAUUGGGUAUCAAUCAAUCACUCUAAAAGUCAGUGUGUGUGAUUCAUCCCAGUAUCAGAUUUACCCAAGCAUCUUUGACAAAGGUCGAUUAUGUUGGAUGAGGUCAUCACUGAAAACAGUUACUGCCGUUUCCACUUGUCCAAUAAAAACUGUUCUGAGUCACCAUUUUUGAGAGCAAGCCUGUGUAGUCUAGAAAGUGUUCAAGAACAGAUUCUAUCAUCAUGGUGCUGUGAUUUUGUUCUGUAUGCUGUGUUUAUGUGUAUGUGUUUGACAGGGAGGAGGUUUGCAUGUGGCAGCCCCCCUCAGCCUGUAAAUAAAAUGAAUGGCAACAGCUGAGCAGCAGAACUUUAUCGGCAACACUCCCUGCUUGUGUGUGUAAGUUUGUGUGUGAGAGAGAGAUUCAGGAGGAGCUGCAACCAGAGCAGUCUCUCUGGGCACUCUCUCUGGCGAGCUCACUGCUGUCCUCUCUUACUCCGCCACUGGCCUCUUUUCAGUUUCCUCCCCUCAGCUCUCUUGUUCUUUUCAUCCACUACGCGCCCUGUGGGGUUCUUUCCCCCGUCUCUCUGGGAAACCUUCGCAGAGCAGCGCUGUCGUGACUCGCCGGCUGCCACUGCAAGGGAAGGAGAGAACAGGAGGAAGAAGAGAGAGAGAGAGAAGCUGAGACAGACCAAUCGAUUACUCUGAUACAGAAGAGAGAGGCACUGGGAGAGAAGAGGCAAGGCAGUAGCAGCAUUUUUCCCUACACGUUGUGGUUUAAAAGGAGAUUUUCUUUGACUUGUAUGGGAGUCUUCUGAAGCAUUUGAUUCACGUCCUUCCCUUGGUAAGAGAGGACAGCUAAUUGAAGGGACAGCUGGUGCAGUUUUGACACAUCAAGGACUCUUCUUUCCGCCCCUCUACAGCCAAAACAGCCAACAUUUGGGACUUGGGCGGAGGACCGCUUUUGAAUGAGAAGUUCAAUGUUUACCAAAUAAUUGAUCUCCAUUCUGAAUGAUAAUGCUGGACACCAACCAUUGCCAGUCCCUUGAACCCUCCCCCCCGGGCUCUCCUCCAAUGGGAGAAGACAUGGAGAAGGCAGGACUGACAAUGAAUCAUGACAGACAUGUCUAUCACAGCCUGAAAGAAGUCCUCCAGCUCAAACUCCAGCAGAGACGUACACGAGAGGAACUGGUCAGCCAAGGGAUCAUGCCACCACUGAAGAGCCCAGCAGCUUUUCACGAACAGCGGAGGAGUCUGGAGCGAGCAAGGACCGAGGACUAUCUGAAGAGGAAGAUCCGGAGUCGUCCUGAGCGCUCUGAGCUGGUCAGGAUGCACAUUCUGGAGGUGUCCUCCACAGAGACGUCGGCAGAGCCGUCCCUGCAGGCCAAGCAGCUGCAACUGAAGCGAGCGCGACUGGCCGACGACCUCAACGACAAGAUCUCCCAUAGACCGGGUCCCAUCGAACUGGUUCACAAGAACAUCCUGUCCGUCAACUGCCCUGUGCACUCACCGCUGGAUUCUCCAAAGGGAGCCGGGGGAGAGAGCUCGUCUUUGGAUGAAGACAGCAGUGAUGCUCUGUCACCAGACCAGCUAAUUAAUCAUGACUCUCCUCUGAGUGCCGUCCCUCAGCUGUCACCCCCUGAUGUGCUCACCCAGAACGGGGACAUGUCCCCCCCACAGUUCAUUACACAGUCCCCUCCUCCACCUCCUCCACCACCUCCUCCCCAGGUGAAUGGGUCAGACUUCUCCCCACUCCCAAAAGUGACAAAUGGGACGACGGUGACCUCAGCAAACUCCCGCCCCUCUACUGGACACAUGAAGCAGUCUCAGGCUAAGUCGAGUUCAGACCGUCCUCCACAGAGACCUAAGAAACCAAAGGACAGCAAACCCAAGGUGAAGAAGCUGAAGUACCACCAGUACAUCCCUCCAGACCAGAAGGCAGACAAAGAGCGUCCGCCCCAGAUGGACUCGUCCUAUGCAAAGCUCCUCCAUCAGCAGCAGCUCUUCCUGCAGCUGCAGAUCCUCAACCAGCAACAGCAGCACUACAACUACCACACCAUACUGCCCGCUCCUCCCAAGCCACCGACUGAGCAGCCUCCCACAACCAACUCUGGCCCUUCUCCCUCCCGCAGCGUUCCCGCGACAACCACCCCCGCCCCCUCCAAUCAGAGCGGGACUGCCCGUCAGAGCCAAACUGCAAUGGGAGGAGCCAAACCAACCACUCUGCCAGCCAACCUGGAUGAGUUCAAAGUCGCUGAGUUGAAACAAGAACUGAAAUUGCGUGGUUUGACCGUCUCAGGAACCAAGAACGAUCUUAUCGAGAGGCUCCGCAACUACCAGGAGCAAAAUGGCGGCACUACAGUGGUUUUGAAAAAUGGCACAUCGCAGCCCAGCCACCAUGGAAUGACCUCAGCUGCUAGCACUAUCACAUCCUCUCCAACCACAACUACUACCCCUGACCACCAAUCAGGAGAGGGUAUGUUUAAGUUAGCUUUGUCAUCAUUGGCUCAGGUGGUUCCAGGGCGGGUCAUGCGAUUUGGCAGCACCAGCUCCAGUCCUCCGGUGUCCCCUACUCCGUCUGAGAGGUCGUUGGCCGGGAUGAGUCCAGAUGAGACAAGCUGUAAUGGAGACAUGUUUGGAGAGAUGGUGAGCUCUCCCCUGACCCAACUCACCCUGCAUCCAUCUCCUCAGCACCCAUCAAACCUCUCUCCGCGCUCACAGCCUCUCUCCAAGGUCAAAGAGGAGAUCCAGAGCUCAUGCAGCCUCUCCAGGCCUUCACCCGGCUCAUGUCAGCCUCCAGAGCCCCUGCCUGGAGUAGCCAUGGACACAUCCUCCUUGGACAAGGAUCAGAUGCUCCAGGAGAAGGACAAACAGAUCGAGGAAUUGACCAGGAUGCUGCGGCAGAAGCAGAGGCUGGUGGAGACCCUCAGGUCCCAGCUGGAGCAGGGCAAAGUGGCAGGUGGAAUAGUGUUGGAGAAGGAUGGAAGUGAGAAGAGCAGAACAUCCCCAGAGGUUAAACUCCAAACUCUGAUAAAAGCCUCGGCCAUUCAGCCCCCCACUCUCCCCAACGGCAUUGUGGUGAAGGUGAAGAAGGAGGUAGAGCCAGAGGAGGGGAUGGAGGGAAUAACAGAGGAGGUCCAGGCAAAGAAACCAGCCAAGCCGAUGCAGUGCUCUCAGGAGACUCUGCUCAGGCUGCAGCAGAUUCAUCGGCUGCAGGUCCAACACGCUGAACAGCAGAAACAGACGCUGCAGCAUAGUCAGGUGCAGCUGCAAAAAGUGGCAGAGGCUAAGUCAAACCCUCAAAAACUACAACAGCAGAAGAAGGAAGCCCAAAUCCUGCUCCAGCAGCAGCAGCAACUGCAGCAGCUUAUCAUACAGCAAACCCAACAGAAACAGCUCCAGGCCCAGCAGAAGUUAGCACAGCAGAAACUUGCCCAACAGAAACUCAGUCAACAGAAGGUGGUGCAGCAGAACCAGCUCAAGCAAACUCAAGGGCAAGUUCAACAGAGCCAGCAGAAAAACCCAGUUCAGCUGAAGCAGGUUCAGGUGCAGAUCCAGAAGCCUGCAGUGAACCAAACCCAGCAGAGGAGACAGCUGAAGGCUCAGCAGAGGCAACAGCAGAGGCAGCAGGCGGCAGCUGUCACCACACAACAGGUGGCCCCGGUCUUCGUCAACCAACAGAACGGCACUCAGAUCCACACUCAGGCCAUUUCAUUAGACCUCCUCAAGGCAAAUGGCACGCCAACACUGGUCACUGACAGCAAUGGCAACCACUACCUGAUCGCUCUCACCAAUCACACCACAGAUGGACAGAACGGAGUGUCCUCAUUGGCCAAAACCAAUGGACGCAUCACACUGCAGAGAUUGCAGUCAACUCCAAGUAAACUCCCCAGCACUGACAGCCAAUUGAAAGAGCAGCCAGAGGCUGAGCCUGUGAGCCAGCCAAUCAAAAAGGGACAGAAGGCAGGGCUGCACCUUGACACCAAUGGCGUGCCACAACCCAGCCUGUCAGUCACCGCUCCGCCCAAUCUGCAGCCUUUCUUUGACGACAUGUCAGACAGUGAAAGCCAAAGCAACUUAAUCUCAUCUCUCAAGAGAGAGGAGGUGUGUCCGCCUUACGACCGGCACACACUGUUCACCCCUCCCUCUCCCAAACCCAACACCUCCCUUCCUACUCAACGCUCCAAACAGGAGAAUGGCGUGAACAGUCAGCAGAUGGACGACCUGUUUGACAUCCUGCUCAAGAGUGGAGAAAUCCCCGGCUUCAAGGCCAACCCGGACCCUUCCCUCGCCCCUCUCCACUCUGACCCGCCCUCCCCAUCUUCUCCCCCGUCUCCCCUCCACCUCUCCCCUCCCACCCCUACAGAACCCCUCAUCUCCCCUCAGCCUUCUGUAGGAGAGUCCUGCACAGGCAGCGGACGCCUGGAAGACUUCCUGGAGAGCACCACAGGUGCCCCGCUGCUGGGCGUGGAGCCCGACGGCGGCCUGACGCUGAUCGACGACCUUCACAGCCAAAUGCUGAGCACGCCCAGCAUCCUGGACCACCCUCCCUCCCCCAUGGACACGUCCGACUUGGGCUUCUCCCCCCACUCUUCAGGGCUGGACUUUGGCGACCCCACUCUGGACAGCAUGGACUGGCUGGAUAUCUCCAUGGUGGGGAGCACCAGCGGAGGGAGCGGGGGCAGCGGAGGGGGGAGAGGAGGAGGAGGCGGGGGAGCCGGUGACGGGGGGACGAGUCUGGCCCCGCUGGCGCCGCACACUCCACAGAGCGUCUUCUCGGCUGAUUUUCUGGACAGCACAGACCUGCAGCUGCACUGGGAGUCGUGUCUGUAGCCCGGCACUCCGAUGGACACGCGCUGGCUCACACUGUGUACAGGCUCCGUCUUUAUUUCAUGCACAUACAGAAACCUUUUCUAUGCUGUCUCUACCACUGCGGAGGUCACUGGCACACGCAAAAACACACACAUUUACACAGUUUAUCCUGUCUUUCACUGGCUGUUACUGUAUGCAGGAUGAGGUGAAAUAAGAAAGAAACAUAAAAGUUUAAUUCAUAGAAAGGACUUGAACUUGGUGGAAGUGAAGUGGACUUUUUUUUUUUUAAUUUAAUUCUAUGAGGAUCCAUGCAACAGACUGUUCACUUCUGUGUCCUGACCUGCAUUUUAACCAGGUUCAAGUGAACCGAAAGGAAACUGUAGGUCACUGUAAUACAACAUUUCAACCCUUGGAAAUGUUUUGACAGAUUAGAGCUGAGGACGGACUGUCAGUGACGUACUCAGGCUCCUCGAGAUAGCAGUGUGUGUGUGUGUCAGUGCCUCCUAAACUUUGCACUUAUGCUGAAUCUGAUUGGUUUAAAGGGGGUGUUCAGGUCAACAGCCGAAUCUUAACGCUGUGUGAAAGCCACCACGUGUUAUAUUGAUCAGCUGAGCCGUUGAUGGUGUGAAAAGAAAGGCAGCUGUCUCUGACCUCGUCGCCUCACCGUGGCAACCUGAACCCCGUCCACACUAGUCAAAAAACACAACCGUCAUUGGUUGACAGUUGCUAUUGAAAUGAACCAUAUCAUUGGCAACAAUUUGAAUUAAAGCCUCAUUGGAGGUUGCGUAUUAUUGGUAACAUUAUGGUAGACCACUAUGUAUUGCUGUAUAUGGGGUGUAUAUUAUCAAUUGUCCAUAUGACUAUUUUUCUUUGCUGGUUGCUUUAGAGUCGAGUUAGCCGGCUGGGGAACAUAGGGUGAGGGCGGGGCUUCCAAAAUACUUGGACCUUGUCAUUUUUUAAAGAAAAAAAAGUUUAAAAAAAAUAAACAUACUAUAAAAACUCAAAA